CUAUUGAGCUACUGCCUCUGACCAAGUCCCCAGCUGCGCUGCGCCUGCUAUGUCGUCGUCCUCGCCCGUAUCGGCGGUCUCAUCAGCCACCGCGCCGCACGUCGUGGACGACUGCCUCGGCAUCGUGCAGCUUCUUAGCGAUGGCACCGUGACGCGCUCCGCGGACUACUCCGCCAUCCCUCUCCUGGGCGAGGUGCCGUCCAACCUGCCCGUCCAGUGGAAGGACGUCGUCUACGACCCCGCGCACGCGCUCCGCCUCCGCAUGUACAGGCCCACCGACACCGACGGCGGCAAGACGACCAACAACAAGCUGCCGGUGCUAGUGUACUUCCACGGCGGCGGCUUCUGCAUCUGCAGCUUCGAGAUGCCCCACUUCCACGCCGGCGGGCUCCGCCUCGCCGCCGAGCUCCCGGCGCUCGUGCUCUCCGCCGACUACCGCCUGGGGCCCGAGCACCGCCUCCCCGCGGCGCACCGCGACGCCGAGGCCGUCCUGUCCUGGCUCCGCGCCCAGGCCGAGGCCGACCCGUGGCUUGUCGAGUCGGCUGACAUGGGCAGGGUGUUCGUCUGCGGCGACUCGGCCGGCGGCAACAUCGCGCACCACAUCGCCGUCCAGUACGGCACGGGCCACCUCGCCCUCGGCCCCGUCGUCCGGCUUGGCGGCUACAUCAUGCUGUGGCCCUACUUCGCCGCCGAGGAGAGGACGGCGUCCGAGACGGCCGGUCUUGACGUCGACCACCAGUUCGUUAGCACGGCGCUGUUGGAUCAGAUGUGGCGCCUGGCGCUGCCGGUCGGCGCGACCAGGGACCACCCAGCAGCGAACCCGUUCGGACCGGACAGCGUCCCGCUGGAGGACGUCGCCUUCCAGCCGCUGCUCGUCGUGGACCCAGACCAGGACGUGCUGCACGACCGCACACAGGACUAUGCCGCUAGGUUGACGGCCAUGGGGAAACUGGUCGAGCUCGUCGUGUUCAGAGGCCAGGGCCACGGGUUCUUCGUCUUCGACCCGUGUGGUGAAGCUUCCGACCAGCUGAUCCACGUCAUUCGGCGCUUCGUACUGUUGCAUAAGCAUCCAUGUAAUCUUGUUGAUCUUAGUACUACCAUGUAGUUGCAUUAGUGAGUCAUGUACUCAUGUGUUCGUCAGUCGGACAAGUUUGUUUCGUAGAAUCGCGGACGAGCUGGAGAGUGCACAGCCCGUGCAGUGACCGCGUCUAGGGAUGUGUUUCCGCCACGGUGUGCAUGUCAUGCACGUCGCACGUUCGUCCUUAGAAGUCGGAUCGUGCAGCUGUAUUCCGUGGCGGGGAAACGUGGAACUACCCC